AUGCGGUCACGUGACUUCCAGCCCCGCCCACUACCUGUGUUCUAUUAAAACCCUGCUGUUUAUCUCAUGCACGUGAGUGUUGAUUAUCUCAGUGCUGUGAGCUCAGUGCAAUAUUUUGAGUAAAGAUGCCCAGGAUGAGACAAGUUUGCCAGAGGUUGGAUUUCAGUCCCGGUGAUGAAGACAGCAGCUGUAGAGGAACCUCAGAGGACCUGAGUUUUCUGCCACUCCUCACAACAUGGGAAGAGUUUUCCAGAAUCGGGCCUGAAUGUAAAGAACAUGAAAAGAACCUAAAUGAAGACAUUCUGAGCUCUGUACAUUCUUCUGCACUGCAAACAGUUAAACCAAGAGACCCCGAGACAGCUAGAAGCUCCUCAGCCAUCUUACACAGAGAAACAUCUCCAUCACAGCAGUGUCUGAGCUCCUCAGCCAUCUCACACAGAGAAACUUCUCCAUCACAGCAGUGUCUGAGCUCCUCAGCCAUCUCACACAGAGAAAUAUCUCCAUCACAGCAGCGUCUGAGCUCCUCAGCCAUCUCACACAGAGAAACUUCUCCAUCACAGCAGUGUCUGAGCUCCUCAGCCAUCUCACACAGAGAAAUAUCUCCAUCACAGCAGCGUCUGAGCUCCUCAGCCAUCUCACACAGAGAAACUUCUCCAUCACAGCAGCGUCUGAGCUCCAUCAAACGCUUCAGAAAAUCUCACAAUUCUAAAAGACAUUAUUCUGCGCAAAAGGCAGAAAAUCUGCAUUCAUCCGUCACUCCAAAAGCAGAGAUGAAGAGACGAGGGAUCAAUAUAAACCCGUUCUCUCCAGACUCCCUCCUUGUCCAGGCCAUGAGCGUAAAGAGAAGCCGCAAUAACGGAGUACAUCAGAAAGACUCAUGCGAGGACUCUGAAGAAGAAUUCAUCCCUCCAUUAAAGAGAACGAGCUUUGUGGUGAGACAAACAUCUCGCUACACAUCUGAAUUCUACGAACUGGAGAAAAUCGCCUCUGGAGAGUUUGGGGCUGUUUUCAAGUGUGUAAAAAGACUCGAUGGUUGUGUUUACACCAUCAAGCGCUUCAGGUCACCGUUAGCGGGUUCUGUGGAUGAGCAGAAAGCUUUAUGGGAGGUGUACGCACAUGCCGUGUUGGGACAGCACCACCAUGUGGUGAGGUAUUACUCUGCCUGGUCAGAGGAUGGACACGUGCUGAUCCAGAACGAGUACUGUGACGGAGGAACACUCGAGCACCUGAUCGUGGAGAACCGGAGAACAUUGAAGUUCUUCUCUGAAGCUCAGUUGAAGGAUUUGCUUCUGCAAGUCUCCCGGGGAUUGAAGUACAUCCAUGCAGCUUCUCUCGCUCACAUGGACAUCAAGCCGAGUAGUAUAUUUCUAUCAAGGAGAGCCGCAGGUCACGAUGCAGACGUCAAGGGAUCGAGUGCAGACGUUGUGUACAAAAUAGGAAAUCUUGGUCAAGUGACUCACAUAAGCAACCCAAGAGUGGAAGAGGGAGGCAGAAGAAUUUUAGAAGAGGGCUACAGGAAUCUACCUAAAGCAGAUAUCUUUGCACUUGCACUCACAGUACUAUCUGCCUGUGGGGCAAAAAUGCUCCCAAUGAUUGAGGAAGAGUGUCAUAACAUACGCAGUGGGAAACUCCCAGCUGUAGCUCGAGUGCUUUCAGAAGAAUUUCAACAACUACUCAAGCUCAUGCUUCAUCUGGACCCCAUUCGCAGACCUUCAUCCUCAGCCCUUAGUAAACACGUCAUCCUCCGUCCAGCCUCCACACCGAGUGCCUGCAUCCUGCGUGAAAAGCUUCAUGCACAGAAGCUCAGAAACGCACUGCUACUGAAAGAACUGAACGAGAUCCAGUCAGCCACAGAAGCUGCAGAACCGAACCUUUCUUACAGGACCAUGACCUGCUGCAGGGGAAACGAGUACAAAGGAUCAUCAGAACCAGUCGGGAAAAAGAUAAAGCGAUCACUCAGCUUAACCAUGGCCUGAAAUCAUCUGAGACCAUUUUGUUUGUGAACACUAGGUUCUGAGUGUGAAUAGAUAGAUAGAUAGAUAGAUAGAUAGAUAGAUAGAUAGAUAGAUAGAUAGAUAGAUAGAUGUGAAUAACAAAAUUCCACUGUGCUGUAAUGUGUGGCAAAUUUAACAGCUCUUUCAGUAUUGAAAGAUGUGGUGCUUUUUACCAUAAAUGUAAAAGUCAUAGAAAAAUAAUAGGUAUAUAUAUAUAUAUAUAUAACUUAUGCUGUGUAUUUAUUAAUUGUCAGUUUCAUUCAUUCAUUCAUUCUCUGGACGGAGUGCCAACCCAUCA